AUGAACCCACAACUCUCCUUUGAUAAACUCGUUGUUACCAAAUCAAAAAGAGGGAGAAAAGCCCUUGCCGUAAGCGAUGACCAUGUGGACCUAACUGGUAAAUCUCAUAUUAUGACGGUCAAAAGGUCAAAUCCUCCGACGACAAAGAAGAAAGCUCCAAAGGCUCCAAAAGCCGUAAAAGAAAGCAAUAAUUAUUGCAGACGAUGUGAGCAAAAUGAUGAAUAUAUCAAAGUUCUUAAUGAUCGAAUUGGAAAAUUAGAAAGUUUGGUAAAGAAUACGGAAAUUAUUGAUAAACCGUUAUCCAAGAUUGGAACAGUGGAUUUGUUUAGUUUAUUUGGUCAAAUUAAUUUCGAGCUAUUUAAUAGAUUUGAGAUGAUGCAAAACCAAUUACAAUUACAAACUCAAUUAGCAACUCCGACAACAUUAACACCAACUAACAGCGAUCUUAUUGAUCGAAUUGAAAAAAUGGAAAAUUUUCUAAAUAUUUCUAAUACACCAAUUUCUCAAUCGCCAACUUAUAUUGAGAUGCAAAAUCAAAUACAAUCCCAAAUUUCAACUCCGACAACUACAUUGGCUCUCCCGUAUGAACCAGUAGAUUUCGCAAAUUGGAGUACAUUUACCCAAUAA